CAAAGCAGGGCAGGGAUCCAGACCCUAGGUCCUCCAGAAAUCACAGGGCAAGGUGCCCAGGGGCCUGUGUGCCUCUCCCCACCCCUGCUCUCGGCUAGGUGAGGGGCCCUUUGGCUUUACCACGGGCUCCCACCUCCCCACCUCCCCCGGAUCUGACCACAUAGCAACCUGGUUGCAACCCCACCAGAGAAGGAAGUGGAGUCUGGGGUCCCACCGGAAAGUCCCUGGUGGUGUGAUGCAAGACCUUCCCGCCACUCCGCCCCGGCAGAUAAAAGCACAGGGCCAGCCGCGAGGUGCCAGCUGUCCCCGCGCGAUCUGCCUGCCAUGACCCGGCACUGCGUGCUUCUCGUCUGGGCUCUCCUCGCCCUCCUCAGCCUCGGAGCGGCUCGAGAAGACCCGCCGGCCUGCGGCUCCAUCGUGCCCCGCCGAGAGUGGAGGGCCCUGGCGUCCGAGUGCAGAGAAAGGCUAACACGGCCGGUGCGCUACGUGGUGGUGUCGCACACUGCGGGCAGCCACUGCGACACCCCGGCUUCGUGCGCGCAGCAGGCCCAGAACGUGCAAAGCUACCAUGUGCGGAACCUGGGCUGGUGCGACGUGGGCUACAACUUCCUGAUCGGAGAAGAUGGGCUCGUGUACGAAGGCCGAGGCUGGAACAUCAAGGGCGCCCACGCAGGUCCCACCUGGAACCCCAUAUCCAUAGGCAUCUCCUUCAUGGGCAACUAUAUGAAUCGAGUGCCCCCGCCCCGCGCCCUCCGGGCAGCCCAGAAUCUGCUGGCUUGUGGUGUGGCUCUGGGAGCCCUGAGAUCCAACUACGAGGUCAAAGGACACCGGGAUGUGCAGCCGACCCUCUCUCCAGGUGACCGGCUCUACGAAAUCAUCCAGACUUGGUCACACUACCGCGCAUGAGGCCCUCUCCGGCUCGGCACACCGCUCCCAUCCCCACUCUGUCAGAAACCCCACUGCCUCUCCCCCCCCCCCAAUAAAGGUGAAGCUCAAACUGUA